AUGGACAAAGAUUUGUAUCUCUCUUCUUUGAACUUUCCACCUGGCUUACAAUGGUUGACACAACAAAACUUGAGAAAGUCCUCCGAGAAGGCGGUCAUCGUGGAGCUCGACGGCGUUUCAACCAUCGGUGGUAUGCAAUACGCUUGCGCCACUGUUGAUGAGCCCGAGGGCGAUCUUGAUCUUUUAGCCAAGUCUCUUGAGGCUAUGAACGCUGAGCCAGAUGAGAGUAAGGAGGAGCGCACGGGUGGUUCUGGGCAGCUCGGCAAGAUGAUCUUCUCUUGUGACAAUGGGACCAUUUGUGCCAUUGCUUAUAUUCCCCAAUCGCUGAAGGGACAGGUCGAUGCGGAGGACUGGUUAAAGACCAUUCUGGCCCCCUACAAUGGCAUGCUCGUCAAGGCCAGUCCAGUUUUCUCCACGGGAACUAUCGCCGUUCGCCCUGAGAAUGGCAAGUCCUCCCGUGAGGUGCGCGCCGAGGCCUGUCACUCGGCUGUCAAGUACCUGCAACAGAAGGGUGUCUACCCUGAUGUCGAGACCGACUCCGACAGUGAUAUGCUUGAGAUUGAGGAUGCGGACAUGCUGAAUUAA